CGCAGUGUGUCAGCAUGGCUGAAGCGCUGUGUGACGGUGUGGCAGCUCCUCUACCUGGAAGAUGCGCUUUUUACGUUAUAAAGAAGAAGCGUUACUGUAAAAUGGUGAUCGGACGUGGAAAGUCGUUUUGUGGGGAACACGCAGAUGCAGACAAAGACAGUGAGAGAAAAAGGAUCCCCUGCCCUCUGGACCCCAAACACACUGUUUUUGAAGACAGUUUAGCAAAACACCUGAAAAAGUGCAACUCGAAAGAGAAGCCCAAGCCUGUUUAUUAUGUGAAGGACAUCAAUGCAGGAUCUGUAAAUGAAGAGGAGGAUGUCAUCAGUGAGGUGUCUAUUGCUGAACGAACCAAAGAGGAGCUGGAUGAUCUUAUAGGGAAACUGAAGACUGCAUUAAAAGGAUUAAACAUCAAACCUGACAGCAGCAUUCUCUCUCAUCCCGCGCUCCAUGAAGCUCUCAAUGAUCCAAAGAAUGGCAACUUUGCUUUCAAACACCUCAAGCAGCAGGCCUCAAUCCUGGGGAACAUGGAGGCCUUGGAGCUGCUUGGUCCUGGCAGGUGUUAUGUGGAGUUUGGUGCUGGUAAAGGGAAGCUUUCCCACUGGAUUCAUGUGGCCAUUGAGCAAGCUAAGGAUAUCCACUUUCUACUGGUGGAAAGGUCCAGCACUCGAUUUAAGGUAGAUGGCAAGCACAAAAACACAGACGCAAUAUUUGACAGGCUGCAGGUUGACAUUCAGCACCUUGACUUACGAAAAGUGCCAUUUUUAAGAGAAAAGGGACUUCCUGUCAUCGCAGUGGGUAAACACCUGUGUGGCGCAGCGACAGAUCUGACUCUGAGAUGUUUAUUUGAGCACAAUCUCAAAGACCAAGACUGUGAUCCACCCACCAAACGUGUGAAGCUCAAUGAGGGAUCUGAGGAGGACACCAAACCUGGAGAAGAACUUAAAGUCUCGGGGGUUGCCAUUGCCCUCUGCUGUCAUCACCGCUGUGACUGGAGGCACUAUGUGGGAAAACAGUUCUUUAGGGAACGAGGUCUUGGAGUUCGAGAGUUUGACGCCUUCCAGCGCAUGUCCAGCUGGGCUACCUGUGGCAUGAGUAGGGUAGGCCAAGGUCACAAGAAUUUGAAGCAAGAAGAAGUCAGGAGGACAGAUGAAAAACAACAAAAAGAAGAAGAUGUGGAAGAGGAGGAGGAUGAGGCAGAACAUGAAGGCAGUUCUGAAACCAUACCAGAUAACCUUAACAGCGCUGUAUCAGCAGAAGAGCGGGAGCAGAUUGGACGCCUCUGCAAGACGCUGAUUGACCAGGGCAGGCUGCAUUACCUCCAGCAGCGAGGGUUUAAGUCCAAUCUUAGUUAUUACACCAGCCGAGACGUGUCUUUGGAGAAUGUUCUUCUGACUGCUGUUCCUAUCUAAAAACAUUAACCCUAAAACUGGACAUGGACAGUGCUGUACAUACAGCACUUUUUAAUUGUUUAAUUCUAAUUGGGUCUUUUGACAAGCAAUCAGAUGAGGUUUUGAUUUCCUCCACUUUCACUUUUCUAUCUUAAGUUUCUUCUUUGCCAUAAACAAGACACAGAUAGCUGUAAGGCUAUGGCGCCCUCUAGUGUUGUGACUGCAAAGGUAGAAUGCAGAACAGUCUUUACAGGAUGAGCAGAACAAGCAAGACAGGACUGGACGUGACAGGACAGGACCAGACAGGACAGGUCUGGCCUCUUUGGACGGAAGACAGCAGAGCAGACAGUGGCAUGCAGGACAUCACAGCUAUGGAGCAGCAAUCUCUACCACACCUUCCAGUGCCACAUUCAGCACAGAGGUAUAAGUCUGGGAAUCUGAAACACAGUAUAGAUUAUAAAUUAGAUUGAAAGCAGAUCAUUCUCAGGCUUAAAUACAAUUAUUUUAUUGUUUUUUACAUUUAUUUUUUAAUAUAUAUAUUUUAUAUAAAAACAUUGCUAUAGUUUGUGCACACAGUGCAUGUUGAGUACAGCGUAACCUCUUUUGCGAGCCUCAUGGAUGUAGUAAUUCAUGAACUCUCGGCCAAACAUUUCCCUGUCAUCUUCUUCCUCCUCCACGUCCUCUUUCACGUCCGGCAGGGUCACGUGAUAUGUCAGCGGAUUGUCUCGGAAAUUUACAAACCUGCCAAAAAUCAAAGCGUCAAAUUUUGUAGAAUCGUUUGUGAAGGAUUUUGUUUUCUUUAAUAAAAUCUGAUUUUAUUUUA